GCCAUUCGAGAAAGCAGUUUCAUUGGCCAGUUGCACCUCAGUGACCGGAAUAAAACCACAAGCGACACGUUGUCAAGUUUACGGUUGAAGUUGUAGUGUGGCAUCCGUUAGAAUGAUGGCUUAUUUCAUCAAUAUGCUGGUAAUUGUGAUGUUGUUCACAACUCAACACCAUGUUGAAGCAAAGCAACUAGCAACUUGUGCUCAAGGAUGCAGUGAUCAUUUGAAGAUCAUUUGCGCUGUGUGCCCAUCGCAAAAAUAUGAGAAGAGGUGUGAGGCCGAGGUGGACCUCUACUACUGGUGUCUGAAAGCCUGCAAAGAACCUCCGAUGGCUCCAGGCCUCGCUUUACCAUGAAACCUACACCGGGAGUUUAACCCAUUUAUUGUUUGACUUCAAUCAAAACAGUUGCUGUUCUAAAUCCAUGUUUAAUUUUGCAGCUUUAUUUUGCGACUGUCUGCACUUAUGUGAUGGCAGAGUCAAAUGUGUUGUAUACAAUGGAAUAAUGAGCAUCGCAGACUUUUGCAGACCUGA